GUAGUUAGUGCCAGUGAAGUGCGGGCGGCGAUGAGAGCGAAAGUUGCGCUCGGCUUGGCGCUGGGGGCUUGAAGCAGCUCCGCUCUCCGCCUGCCAGGGCCGCCCCCAGCCCCAACUCGCGCCCGCGGGCUCCCGCCGCGCCCCCGGCCCCGCGCCCGCCCGCACCCCCUCCCCCGGCCCGGCGCCCCUCCUCAGGAGCCGCGGGUCCCCGCCACUUUAGCCCGGCCCCGGCCCCCGCCGAUGCCGGCCAUGGUGGAGAAGGGCCCCGAGGUCUCAGGGAAGCGGAGAGGCAGGAACAACGCGGCCAGCGCGGCCGCCUCGGCCGCCGCCGCCUCCGCCGCGGCCGCCUCCGCCUCCGCCUCGGCUGCUGCCGCCUCGGCCGCCGCCGCCGCCUCCGCCUCCGCCGCCGCCUCGGCCGCCGCCGCCCCCAAUAAUGGGCAGAAUAAAAGUUUGGCGGCGGCGGCGCCCAAUGGCAACAGCAGCAGCAACUCCUGGGAGGAAGGCAGCUCGGGCUCGUCCAGCGACGAGGAGCACGGUGGCGGCGGCAUGCGCGUCGGACCCCAGUACCAGGCGGUGGUGCCCGACUUCGACCCGGCCAAACUAGCAAGACGCAGUCAAGAACGAGACAAUCUUGGCAUGCUGGUCUGGUCACCUAAUCAGAAUCUAUCGGAAGCAAAACUGGAUGAAUACAUUGCCAUUGCCAAAGAGAAGCAUGGGUACAACAUGGAACAGGCUCUUGGGAUGCUCUUUUGGCAUAAGCAUAAUAUUGAAAAAUCAUUGGCUGAUUUGCCCAACUUUACCCCCUUCCCAGAUGAGUGGACUGUGGAAGAUAAAGUCUUGUUUGAGCAAGCCUUUAGUUUUCAUGGGAAAACUUUUCAUAGAAUCCAACAGAUGCUUCCUGAUAAAUCUAUAGCAAGUCUGGUGAAAUUUUACUACUCUUGGAAGAAGACUAGGACUAAAACCAGCGUGAUGGAUCGCCAUGCUCGGAAACAGAAACGGGAGCGGGAAGAAAGUGAGGAUGAACUGGAAGAAACAAAUGGAAAUAACCCCAUUGACAUUGAGAUUGAUCAAAACAAGGAAAGCAAAAAGGAGGUGCCCCCUACUGAGACAGUUCCUCAGAUCAAAAAAGAAAAACAUAGUACACAAGCUAAAAAUAGAGCAAAAAGGAAACCUCCAAAAGGAAUGUUUCUUUCUCAAGAAGAUGUAGAGGCUGUUUCCGCCAAUGCCACUGCUGCUACCACGGUGCUGAGACAACUAGACAUGGAAUUGGUUUCAAUCAAACGACAGAUUCAGAAUAUUAAACAGACGAACAGUGCUCUCAAAGAAAAACUUGAUGGUGGAAUAGAACCGUAUCGACUUCCCGAGGUCAUUCAGAAAUGUAAUGCACGUUGGACCACAGAAGAGCAGCUUCUUGCCGUACAAGCCAUCAGGAAAUAUGGCCGAGAUUUUCAGGCAAUCUCAGACGUGAUUGGGAACAAAUCAGUGGUACAAGUGAAAAACUUUUUUGUAAAUUACCGACGCCGCUUCAACAUAGAUGAAGUUUUACAAGAAUGGGAGGCAGAACAUGGGAAAGAAGAGACUAACGGGCCCAGUAAUCAGAGACCUGUGAAGUCCCCAGAUAAUUCUGUCAAGAUGCCUGAAGAGGAAGACGAGGCUGCUUCUGUUCUUGACGUCAGAUAUGCAUCUGCUUCCUGAGAAACUCUGGUAGCUUUGAGCACUUGGUAUGGACACCUGUGUUAUCCAGGAUAUCAGGUAUUACAAGACAUCCCCUAGCCAUCUGCAUCACAUCUCUGUGGACAAGCAGCUAUUACCAAAAAAGGCGUAUACUUCCAGUCCUGUGCUCCAUCUGCCUUAAUUCUUUGCUCGUUCCUCCAUGUUGGCGCCUCUUCCCAGAGAGCUCCAUUGCAUCUCUCGCACUCUGCGUAAGUGCUGGGAGAUCUCACAGCCGGCACGCCUCCUGUGACUCUGGGGACCGCCUUCCCAGUCGGAGCUCUGGAGCCCCACCAAUGGCAGCUCUUCCCAGUCAGCAGCUUCGGAACAGGUAGUCGACUCGGAAGGCGCGACUCUGUUCCUGCAUGGCCUGCAAUUUCUACUUUGUGCAUAAUGUAAUUUUCAGAGUAACUGUGACCCUGUUGGCCUUCUAGAAAGUUUCUCUUGUUCCUUUCUGAGGCAUCCACCUAAGUGAUAUCAUGCUUCUUUGGAAAUCGCGAUAUAUUGGCAGACUGCAUUAUAACCUUUAUCGUGCCAAACAUCCUGAUACAACUCCCAUUUCCCUAAACGUAGGGUAUAAUUAUGGUUUAUAAAUUUAGUUGGCCUAAGUCUCUCCCUUCUCCUUUCCCAAGUGGUAGAAAGCUCAUUCAUAGCAACUGUCCUUGGACACUGUAGCUUAAAGGGAACGUGGACCUCAACACUUUCUGCCUUCAGCUUUCAGCAUUGCAAUCCUAGGAUGGGUGCCACCCUAUCUUUCCUGAUUCCCCACCACUACCACCCAACUCCAAGAGAUUUGGUCCAUACCACUGUACCUGGUGCUUGUACAUUUGGAAUUGGUGCCUUCUCCUUUUGGCAACCAUGUUAUCAAUCCUUUUUCUGUUUUAGUGUCUUAUUUCUUCUUUAAAGUUUAUUGCUUGCCAAAGAUGACAUCACUGAGAUUAGGAGACAGGGGAGAGCUUGCUGCAGAUUCUGACAGAGCGCAGAUUUUAAAUGUCAGGUUAGCUCAAUAAAGGAUAUUAGAAUAGCUGGUGAUUGUUUUAUAAAAGCUACACAUUGUUCCCCAUUCUGUUGAUAUGCCUGGCCUUUGACGUGGCACUCCACAUAUCCUUUUGUGUCCUUCGUGUACUGAUGUGAUCACAUAAACACCAUCCACUCUCUUUUACUAUUAUAGUACAGGACAGAGAAGAGAUUAGUUUAAUGGUUCUAGUGAGACCAAGAUGAAAAGAAACCAUCUACAAAGUGGUAUGUUAAUGCCUUUUGGUUGGACUGGGAACAAGUAUAAAUUUCUCAUAAGUGUUCUGAGACUUCCCGAGUCGCUUGUAUUCUCUACCAGACUGUGGACCUGCUGAGGGGUUGAGGGAUGGACUGUCAGACUGCCUUCUAAUGUAACCUGUCCCCAUCCCACAGUCAGUUCAGCCUGCACUAAAAUAUGUUGAAGGAGCUUUUUUGUUAGUGUUUUUUGCAUCAUUUAAAUAUGUUUCCUGCUUUCAGUACCAAAAAGAAAAAAAAUGCAGAUGCUUUAAGGCAUGAACAGAAUUGUUAAGAAGUUUAAAUAUGCAAUGAAAACUUGAUAUUCUGACUCCCAAGCACCUUUUUUUUUUUUUUUAAGUCAGCUGAUUAUCUCUUUAGGAAGAGGGUCAGCUAGAAACCCAGAUUGUUUGGAUUUUUUUUUUUCUUUUUAGAAAUUGGAGAAAGGUCAUUCAAAAAGGGAGUAUAAUGGGACUUUGCCGACUUUCAUCACCAUGUCCCAACGUGAGGUUUCUGUCGGUCAAGUGAGAGCACAUGAAGAGCAGCAUCAGAGGUCAGAGGGCAGCCACAGCGCGCGGCCCCUACCUGGACGGGGUAGUAGGAUAACACUAGUAAUGAUGUAGUCGAGUUUGCUUUUAUUUUUAUCAUGAGCCUGCUGUGUGACUGGAAAACGGCAGGAAAAACAUGUGGAGGAGGUGGCACAAGUUUUGCACGUCGCUUAAAGGGGACACUAGGCACGAACCGAAGCUUUGGGUUCUCCUUGCUUCUCAAGACCUCCUUCCCCUUAGCAAGCGGUAGGCGAUCUGCUGCGGUGGCCUUCCCUCUCUGCCAGUGGAUCUGCUCCUCUCUUCACACCCAGGCUAUCUUAUUUUCCUCAAGAAUUGAUCCCUUCUGGCAGUGCUUGAAAGCUUGAUGCUAGUUCUUAUGUAGCAUGGCGGGCACAGCACCAGUGCCAGGCCUCUGUCUGGAUUCUGCACCAUCCCCCUACUUGGUUCCUGGCACCGAGUGGUCUCCAGUCCUGAAAAGUCACUGUGCUAGUAUACUUGUUGGAUUUUGGCUUUCUCUCCAAGGGAAAGGGGCAUGUCGUUUUCAUUUGCCAGAAGGAAAAAAGAUAGUUGUCUUUGCCUGACUGCCUUUGUUGUAGUUUCAUACGUAAGAUAGCACUGUGUUUUAAACUGUUUCAUUACACUGUCUUUGCAAUGAUGAUGUAAAUGCAAGAAAUCGCUUAGCUUUAAAAGCUAAGUGAUUUGGUCUUAUUUAUGUGAAGACCCUUUUUAACAUAUCAAGACUUCGGUGCAUCAGCAGGUCGUGUUUGGAUGUGUAAGGGUCCACAAUGACAACUGCUUCGGAUGCAAUGUUCACUUAAGCUUUGUCUUCUUAAAAAUUAUCAAUGUGAAUGUCAUAAUUAUAUUUUUUUUGUGUGGAAAAUUUCUCCUAAGUAUAAGUUAUUGUGCAAAAUAUAGUACCAUUGAAGCAAAUGAUAGUUUAACUUUUAGUUUAGAAAUCCUAAAAGAUAUAAAUUGUAUUGCAUAUGCAUUAAAAGUUUGUUUUAUUUAAUUUUAUGUAGAUGUGUAAAGUGUUAGGUAAAAGUUUUUUUCACUUAUCCAUUUAAACACCUUGUUACUUGAAUAUUGUGUUGACUGGUCUGAAACAGUGAUCAAUUCUGUAAUGUAGCUCUUUUAACCAGGAAGUACCCAUGCCUCCAUUGUGCUUAGUAGGUUAGUGGUGGCACACAGUCAGGUGCUGGUGUCAGCAGGAGCCAGAGGUUAGUGUAACACGCCCCACUGGGUUGUCUUGGUAUAUUUGUGCCUACCAAGACAUCAGUUCCUCAAAAAUGGUUUUUAAUCGUUUUUAACCUGUAAGACCCUUUGAUGAUCACAAACCUCUAAUCAAAAAAUGGAAGUGAAAAAACAGUUGAGUUUUAAAAGCUUACUGUGGUGGACUGAUUAAGCGGUUGUUUUCUGUGUAUAUAAAGUUUCCUCAAAUAUCACACACCACCAUAAGUGUGCUCAUUGUCACUUUAAAUUUCAACUAUGCCCUAUUUUUGUCUUUCUAAAUAUCAGAUGUACUAUUGGUAUAAUUGCAUACCAAAAAUAAGCCAAACAGUGCAUUACACUAACUGGAUCCCUGCUUAUCUGAGCAAAGGAAAGAUGGAGCCAAUUCAAACAAGAGCCUCAUUUUCUCUCUCGUCUAGCCUGUUUCUAAAUCUAGUGACCCAGGAUUCAAGCUUUUAAUAUCAAGUGAAACUUUGCCUCAAGUUGACUCAAAGUAGUUAGCUAAUCUGAAUCUAGUGAUCUUGUGCAAUGCUCAAAAACAAACAUUCUUUCUGCCACUCCCUGGACCUCUGCAGCUUUUCCUAAUUAUAGUAAAGCACAAUUGCAGUAACGUUACAAAUGAGAAGGAAGGUCAGUAUAGUCUAUGCAUGUUGUAUGAUAAUGAGUGUUUACAGUCACCUUCUCCUAAAACUAAAAUUUAUACUGGAGUGGAUAGUAUUCCAUUAUGUAGGCUUAUCAACUUUGCUAAGUGCUUUUUAGAUUGCUUAAAAAUUUUUCAAGAUUUUAAAAGAUGUAUAAGGUUAAGUUUGCAAAUAUAAUGGAAAUGCUGUAUAUCUUUUGAAGUGAUAAAAUCCACGUUGGAAUUUUAAAGAAAAUAUGUUGUAAUAAUGCUGUUGUAAGUAAUAUUUUAAUGUCUCUUUCUGCCUGUUUUCUAUUUCAGCACAUUCAUUGUGGUGAAUGUUCAUAGCAUUAUAAUUGCUUAGCCAUUAAAUGAUAACAUUUGUUAGUGGAAAUUGGAAAAUUUAUUUGUGAAAUUCCACAGAAUUCAUUUUUCUAUUUCCAAUAUUUGCUGAAGUUAAAUAAAAAUUUUG